CAUUAUUUGUAGUCAUUUGAUUUAUUAAUAUGAUAAAUAUUGAAGCUGAACUUCAAUCUCAAAAGUAUAGCUGAUCCUCAAAGCUAAGGCUGACGAAAUAGAGAUUACACCAAUAAUAAAUGACAGAUAUGUUUUUAAUUUGUAUGCAUUCUUUUUAGUUUAUUUUAGCAUUCAAUAUGGUAGAGUCUUUCAACACUUUGAAAUAAAAAUGGAUGUUUAGCCUAGUGUGUUGCAGGGUUAAGUCUCAGAUCACACUUGGACUCCUUUUUAUGCAGCGAGGAUUUGACUUGACGUUCAGUUCCUCAACAACACAAUAGACUACUUUAUGUACCAAAAAAUGUAUUGCAUCCUGUCCGCACGCACAAACGUUGCUUCAUAAUUAUGUGUUCUAACUGACCUUAGAUAGAACAGGGUUUGUCAGGGAGUGCCUAAUCACAAUUAUGGUCUAUUAUAAUGUCUUUUUUGCUCUUUACAUUUUUCAGGUUCUCUACCAUCAAAGGGUCUUGGGGAAGUUUUGUGGCCAAGAAAAUUCCACGGAUUACCCCGGCAAAGAGCCAAUCAUUUCUCCAGGCAACAUAUUGACUCUCAUAUUCCAAACAAGUGACUCCACACAACAGCGCCAACAGCACACUGGGUUCUCUGCGACAUACAAGGCAAUAGACAUUGAUGAGUGUUCAAAAACGGACACUGGAGAUGGCUCAGGUCCACUCUGCUCUCAGAUCUGCGUCAACACCCAGGGCUCCUACCGCUGCUCCUGCCAGCAUGGUUACAAGCUUCAUUUAGACCAGCACACAUGUGUGUUAUCCUGUGUUGACUGUAUAUUUGACAAGCUUGAGGAUCGUCUGUCCAGUCCAGGGUACCCUCACCCCUCACCUCCUUUUCUGUCCUGCAAGUACAUCAUUUCUGUAGAGCCCAGAUUCGCUGUCACUCUUAACUUCACUGACAACGUCCACAUUAAGAGUGCAGACACUCAGCAAGGUCCCAGCUGCAGGCUGCAGGUGACCAUCCCAGACGGACCUACCAAGAAGCCGUGUAGCGAAAAGAGACCAGGUCUGAUAGCUACAAAGUCUAGCACUGUCAGGUUGGACUACCACACUGAUGUUGAAGGCCUGAGCUAUAGCUGGAGCCUGGACUACAGCACACAUGAGGUCAAGUGUCCAUUUCCUGGGACUUUGGCUAAAGGAAGGUUCACCCCUGUCCUAAGUGAAUAUUUCUACAGAGACUUCAUCCAUGUGACCUGUGACCAGGGAUACAAACUAAUGAAGGAUGGUCUAGAGAUCAAGAAAUUCUCUGCCAUGUGUCAAAGUAAUGGACAGUGGCACCCAUCUCUGCCAGAAUGCCAAAUAAUUGAUUGUGGAGAACCCGAACCAUUGCUGAAUGGAUGGUUGACCUUCCAUUCUGGCCGUUCUGUGGUUCAUUAUCACUGUAAUGAACCAUUUUACUCUCUUGGGGGCAUAAAUAUUAGCCUAACCUGUGAAGCAGACGGAAAGUGGAGAUCCAACCACGAUGUUGUUGUCACUCCAACAUGCAUACCAGUCUGUGGCCAGCCAACAAAACUCAUCUCUGCCUAUCAGAGGAUCAUUGGGGGAAGUGAAGCUCCAGAUGAUACUAUCCCAUGGCAAGUGUUACUGAAUGUAGAUGGAAGAAGAGGAGGUGGCAUGGUGAUUGGAGACCGCUGGGUUAUGACUGCAGCUAAUAAUGUAAUAUAUAAUGGAGAGAAAGCAUCAAAUGAAACAGUGCGGAUUUUCAUGGGACUUAAUGAUCUCGAAGAAUUCAAGGACUCCCCUGUGUAUGCUGACUCAAUCUAUGUUCACCCUGAUUACAACAACCCCAGCCAUGUAGACUUCAACAAUGAUAUUGCCUUGAUCAAACUACAAAACCAGAUCACAUUCAGCUCAUCUGUAAUGCCAUUAUGUUUGCCAGCAGAGGGUGCCACAUACGUCACUGGCAUGAUGGGACUGGUGUCAGGAUUAGGCCUCACAGAAACUGCUGGCAGACGGAUUUUAACAAAUAAGCUGAAGUACGUGCAACUCCCUGUGGUCAGCCAGCAGACAUGCAUUGAUUCAAUCAAUUUUCUGAAGAGGACAAGGAAAUAUGUGCCAUCUGUGUCAAGUAACAUGUUUUGUGCUGGAGUCCCAGACGGUGGAAAAGGCUCCUGCCAAGGUGACAGUGGAGGCCCCUUUGCUCUGGAGGACAAUGGACGAUUCUGGGCUGCAGGGAUUGUCAGCUGGGGGGUCGACUGCGGAAGGCCUGGCAGAUAUGGAGUCUAUACCAGAGUCACCAACUACCUGGACUGGAUCAAAAAGACCAUGCAGGAGAACUGAAUUUACUGUAUUUCAUCACAAAGUCAGUAAAACAAAUAUGGAAGAAUAACUUGGCUCAUAGCUCUUCUUGCUGUGUCAUCCAACUUACAAUAAAAUGAUGAGGUUUAGACAGCACUUGGGCAGCCAGAUGGUUGAUAAGCCUAAUAAUUCUGUUUUGAAGUCUAUUUUGCAUAAAUUGCAGUAAAUUCAUCUUUGAACACUAAAGUAUGACAUAGUGCUGUUAACAACCAACCAACAGCCAGCUGUCAGAAAUAGUAGGCUACCUCUUGUAUCAGAGGUCACUUAGUCACACAAUGCAUGUUUUGUAAAUGAAUGAAAGUCUAUGAAGCUCACCAGCAUUCAUUAUUUAUGUAUUACAUCAGUCCCACUUAUGGGAGCCCGCAGGAGGAAUUAUGAUUGAUAAACACUUAUAUUUGCUUAUAACUACAUUAGAGUGUGUUAUAAACCAUUUAUUAAGUGUUUAUAUUCUGCUU